AUGACAAUAGGUCCGUGCAUUUGGGAGCUCAGCGGCAGCCCAAAGCUUCUGUACACGAAUGUCAUCUUCCAGGAUAGCGACAAGUACUUUUCAGCACAGCUGCCUGAAAGGUUCGCUUGCCCAGAUGAUAUCCCGCCUAAGGCCAAAAGCUGUCUCAAGGAGAUUCCUGCCGAACACAUUUGGCCUCCGCUAGAAGAUGGUCUUUCGAUAUGCCACGAUGCUAAGAAGCCAGGGUUAUUGAGUGUGCUCCUGCUUCAGGAAGCUCGUAUAUACCAGAUCCUGAUGCAAAAUGAAUACCAAAAUAUCGCUCGCUAUCUUAGAUGUAUAAGAUAUAUGGAGACGCUUGCCGACCGUCUUAAGGCUGGACGCUCAGUCGAUAACGAAAGCUAUCUUCAGCAGAUUAAGGCAGGAAUCGAUCACCUCCAUGCUCUCAAUCUAAUCCACAAUGACAUCUAUAUAAGAAAUAUCAUGAUUGUAAACCAAGAAGCUGACGCAUUUAUGAUCAUCGAUUUUGACUCAUGUACUAUCAAGGGACAUCGGCUCCCAGCCAAGCACACGCGAGUUCGAAUACCUGAAGAUAUCUGGACUGCAGAAACUGAAAACGACGAUCUAGGGUUCAAACUACUCCAGGAGAAACUUCUUUCAGGAGAUAUCUAG